AUGUCCCAGUGUGUACUAGUACCUCUACUGCAGUAGAGUCAUGUCCCAGUGUGUACUAGUACCUCUACUGGUGUGUUUGUCUUGUUUCCAGGGAGACUCCAGUGAUUAUGAGCUGCUGACUCAUCAGUUGUCUGAUCCUGAGAUAAAGGACGCUCAGAUCAUCAGCUGGCUGCAGGAGUUCCGGGGUUGUGUGACUCAGUUAACUAAAGACUAUGAACAGCUGAUCUACACGCUGCUGAGGGUCCCGUGGCUGGGCCGGAGCCAGGCCGUGGUGGAGGAGUACCUGGUGUUCCUGGGGAACCUGGUCUCGGCUCAGACCGUCUACCUGAGAGCCUGCCUCCACAUGGUGGUGUCCCACUUCACCCCCAAGAGAGUGACCUUCUGUGAAGGAGGGGUGGAUAUUUCUGACUCAGAUGACGAAGAUGAAACCCUCCCCAGGAGCUUUGACCAGUGUCACCAGGCGCUGCAGGUCAUCACCAGAUAUGUUCCAUCUACAAGUCGCUUUCUGAUGCCCAUUCUGCAAGAGAACUUCCCUUUUGUACAGAAAUCCUCCAGAGCACUGGAGUGUUACGUCCACAACCUGCUGAGGGUGACCACCUACAUCCCGUCCAUCAGACGAGACGUCCUGGAGGUGAUCAUCGGAAAGAUGCUCAAACUGGACGUGAGUGCAUCUCGGUCAGACAUCGAGGAGGCAGAAGAAAAUGUUGUGCCCAGCCAGCGGACUGAAGAAGGACUCUUUGACAUGGAUGAGGACCUGUCAGCUGACCUCCCCUCCAGGUCCUCUGUGAUGGCCCACCCAGUGGCUGACAGGCUGGACACUCUCAUGGCCGUUCUCAUGGCGUACAUCAAGGACGUCUGUCACGUCAACGACUGUCUCCAUGUGGAAAGAACGAAGGAUCUGUACAGAGAUUUAUUAAGUGUGUUUGACAAGCUCAUCCUGCCAACACACGCUUCCAGUCAUGUCCAGUACACACUCUUCUACCUCUGCAGCUUCAGAGUGGCCUUGGCCGAGGCCUUCCUGGAUCACCUGUGGAAGAUCCUCCAGAAUCCCUCCCAGCCGGCCGUGCUCCGCCAGGCUGCUGCUGGAUACCUGGGCAGCUUCCUGGCUCGAGCCAAGUUCAUCCCUGUCCUAACGGUCCGGGCCUGUCUGGACCUGCUGCUCUCCUGGCUCCACCGCUACAUAGACAGCCAGGACAGCAGCGGCAGACAGGCCUGCUGUGACAUCAGCCUCCACGGGCCUUUCUACUCCGCCUGCCAGGCCGUCUUCUACACACUGAUCUUCAGACACAGAGCCAUGCUGGAGGGCAACAUGAAGACAGGUCUGGAGUACCUGCAGAGUCUGAACCUGGAGCGGGUGGUGAUGUGUCAGCUGAACCCCCUCAAAGUCUGUCUGCCGUCAGUCACCAGCAUGUUUGCUGCCAUCACCAGGAAGUACCAGGUGGUGUUCUGCUACACCGUCAUAGAGAGGAACAACCGCCACGUGCUGCCGGUGGUCCGCAGCUCUGCAGGAGGAGACAGCGUGACCACCAACACCAACCCUCUGGACAGCUGCUUCCCCUUUGACCCCUACCUGCUCAAGAGGUCUGGUCAGCUGAUGGAGCCUCUCUACCAGGUGUGGGAGGAGCUAGCAGACACAGAGCUGCUUCUCACCACAUCAGGACAACAGGGCUCGAGGGAGGACGAGGAUGACUUCCUGAGUGGAGACACUCCUCAGGCAGAGGGGAUUGUGGGAAUGACUCCGAGCUCCUACGACUCGGCGCUCCGCAGCCCGAGUGACGUGGGUUCACCCCCCCUCGUCUUCCAGAGACCCUGAUCAUCAACAAUACGCUUCACUUAUAAAGACUCAAAUAGCUGAUAUUACACAGACGGUUACAAACGUUUUCAUUUAUGAUGAAUCACAGUUCAGACCACGUCAGCCGUGCAGAAAUAAUGCAGAAACUCCAGAAAACUAUGAGUGAGAUGAGACUCCUGACCACCAGAGACGUUUCAUUGGUUGUUGAGAGGAACUCAGCUUUUUUUUGUUCUGUUUAGAAGAAAAUUCAACUCAUUAAAUUGAGCUUGAAGUUGUAAUAUAAUGUGGACAGUAAAUAUUGUUAUGAGGCGACGAUUGUUCCCUCUGCCAGGAUCUUCCUGUUUCAGUUUGGUUUGAUUGUUUCUGUUGGUCAGAAACG